ACUCGAUCUGUCAAGUUCCGUAAGUCAAACCGCGACGGAAGGCUGUGUAUCGUUUCACGAUUUCCUCUUCGUUGUGUUUAUUUUAAUAAUACUGAAUGAAAUAACGUAAAUAAACGGACAAAUAUUAAGUGCGCGAGUUCUGUGAAAGUUUUCCUGUGAUUUCCGUGUGGUUAGUGUUGUUCAUUUACAUAAAAGUGGACCGCGUUUAUCGGUAGAGGGCUGACCUUGAAGCUGAAAACUUCCGAGUGCCGCAUAGCAUCUGCUCAGAGUGAAACAAUCAUCUGGACAUAGACGGUAACUAACAACGUUUUUGGAUGGGAACAUCAAAACUGCAUAAACAUUAUCUAAAUCAGAGACUUUUGCAGGUUUUGUUCGGCGUGUCCGGUGCGCGUAUGAUCGCGAGCUGAGGGAUCUCGGCCGAGCGUAGUCGGUCGAUAAUAGUCAGCAGAUAAUACCAAACUGUCGUCAUGACACUGCACUGGUGGAUGCACUGGUUCUGGGUGACGUCGCUGCUCAUCAUCCAAGCGAGCAUCGGGCGGAGCUUCGCGGCGCCGCAGUCAGAAGAGCUACAACACAUCAAAGGCGAAUCAGAGCUUGACCGACGACUGCCCGAGCGCACCGGCCGAGCCAUGUACUUCACUAAGACUCCCCUCUCACAGACACCCAACACGACAGACAACCAGACAGAGAAAACUCAAGACCCACCUGAGACAAUAACAAACGGAACAACAACAAACACUACAGAGGAAAUCAUUCAUCCAUCAAUACAAUGGACACCAGUCAACAUAACAGACGUGACCCCAAACGUAACACAAAACGCAAACGCGACGAUACCAACGUACACAAAUCUAACUGAAACGCAGAACACGACGUUCGUGACCAAGAGAAGGAAUCUGACUAGACCAGAUUUCGUGAAAGAUGACGGGGGUAACGUGGCGGAGAGUAGGAUCGUGACUGAGAAGCCAUUGUCUUUGGAGACCACGUUCUUGCAGACAAGAAUACCACCGAAUAUUGAGUCAUCGAGGCGCGUGAUAGAUCCAGGGGAGGGGGGGAUGGAUACUGGGGCCAUAGCGGGCAUCUCGUUCGCGGCGCUGGUGCUCACGGCGCUGGCGGGGAGCACGGCCUUCGUGCUGUACCGGCGGAGGUAUCUCAACAAGCCGCAGACUCUUAAUGACAAGUGCUCGAACCCUGAUUCCAGUGGAUAUCUUGAUGACAGCACUAUUAGAGAUAACUCCGAGGAGAUGUACAGCCUGGACAAUGACUCGUUCCUCAACUCCUUAGAGGCGAUGACCAUUCAGAACUACUGGACGGACACCGUUAAGCACACCAAACUGUGAUCACAGCGCCCGUGACGUCAUCACACUUAGAUGGCGAACCCUACAGCUGUCAGACACGAGGAAUUGAUGACAUUGACCGCAGAACAUCACAUGACAACUGACGUCACCAAAGAUUUGACAGAUUAAAGCAUAGUAUGACGUUACUACGUUUGUCUAUGAAAUCCCCAGGAAUUGACACUAUGUUCAUAGAAAUAACUAUUGUACAAUUGACAUAAUGAAGCUCGCCAAUUUAGUUUAAGAUAAUUCGUAAUAACACUUUGUAGACGAUGAUAUCUCUGACUUAUUCGACAUUUUUUUUAACUAGAUACUAAAUUAUUUGACACUGUAUGACCAUGUGCGUGUAAAAAAGCUUCAUGCCAAUAAAAACAAUUUAUAUCUGGCCUAGGACUAAAAUAUUGGUAUUCAUUACACUAAAAAUGUGCGAGAAAUAAUAUUGCGUACCAAAUCUUGAAUUUAAUAAUUAACAGUUUAGUAAGUUCAUUUGACGUUUCUGUGAAUUUUGCAAUCUCUAUAAAAGCCGGUCUACAGAGCUACAGCAUUGCUAUGAUCCUAAUCUGAGAUUAGGACUUAGCUGUUUAAUUAAUAGCUUACAAGUACACUUACAUAUUAACAUGAUCAUAACUCUCAGUGACUCGUUCGAGUAAAAAAAAAUCAAUAAAUAAAUUUCCAAAAAGUCCAUAAACUUUUAUACAUUUUUUUUUUUUGAAAUUGGAACUUCAUAAACUGUUGAUAUUAGAACGUUGGUACCAUGUGACAGUACAGUUUGUACACAAAUGAAUUGACAAGAAUCAUAUUUUUUCUAUAAUUGAGUAUAAUUUUUUACUAGUAACACAUACAAUGCAAUCUUGAUUAAGAUAAAAAUAAUUCAUAUUUUUAAUAAAUACAUACAUGUAGUUAUUAAUUUAUACUAGAUUCUAUCUGUGUUUAUGUCCUGAACAUUGUAAAUACAUAAUAAUUGAUGUGAUAAUUUUCGUUAAAUCAUUAUUUUUAAUUAAAACGUGGUUUUUAAUAUUUGCUCUUAGAUAAGGUGUGUAGAGUUUAACAUUGAAAUUUGUAUUACAUUUAAGAUACAUUUAAAAAUAUUAAAUUGGCAUUCUGUAUUAAUAAUAUCGUGUAAUACUAUAAUUUAUAAUCUAUACUUAAAAUUAUUAAUGGAAAUUCUAAAAUGACGUAAGAAUAUAUCUCUAUGGUUUGUCUAUGCACUGUAUGUAAACCAAAUAUUAUAGACCACUGCCUAAAUGUGUGUUCAGACAGUGCGACAAAAUGUCAGAGGAAUACUGAAGUACUUUACUGGGACAUUCAAAACGUAAUGUUUGAACACUUUUAGUGUUAUCCCAGUAGAUCAUACUUGUAUGUAAAUUUGAUAUUUUUGUAUAUUCCCUUUCAGCAAAGUUAUUAUGUAACACUGUAUUUUAUUAAGAAUACAAAAAACCCCUGUAUGGUAAAGGCUUUUUAAGUGAUCACUCCAAAAAAUUGAUCGUCACCUAUCAAUCUUAUGUCAAGGUCAGUGAUUUGUUCUGAAUUACUUGUCAACAGGCACAUUCGAUUUGAUACACUAUAAGAAAAAAAAACUAGGUAUGUCAUUAAACCCUGGCUAAGUGUCACGUGAUCGAUUUUCUUUCUAUCUAAAACAUUCAACUUACUAUUUAGAUGAUGUAAAUACAGUGUUAUAUAAAAACUUCUAAUGUAAGAUUGAAGAUUACUAUUCUUUAACGUUUUUCCAAGUUAAAUCCACCAUCAUACAUUCAUUUAUCAUAGUUUAAACGGCCCAUUCACGCCGACACUAAAAUCGUAGUAAUAUUUCAUAACUGUUUCAAAGUUGAAUCUACGCGUGUAUGGGCGUCCUUAGGCAUAGGGAUGUGAUCUCAAUAUAUCAUUUUAAAUUAGCGUGGAAAAUGUGUGAUAGCUUUAAAGAUUCCAUUUUACUUUUAUCUAUGAACUAAAGUCAUACAUUUAGUGCAUACUGCGUAUGUAUGUUUGUAUGAGUUCCUACGUUAUAAAUUUUAUUGAUUUUUUCAAUUUCGAUUUUU